AUGUCGCGUCUCAUCGUACGCGGCCUGCCCUCGUACCUCACAGACGCGAGGUUACGAGAGCACUUUUCCCAAAAGGGCGCCGUCACCGAUGUCAAGCUCAUGCGCCGCCCCGAUGGCACCUCGCGAAAGUUCGGCUUCGUAGGCUACCGAUCCGACGAGGAAGCACAACAGGCGCUCGACUACUUCAACCGCACAUUCAUCGAUACCUCGCGCAUCACCAUCGAGCCCGCUCGACAGAUUGGCGAUGAAGAGCUCGCCAAGCAGCGCGAGGAGCGCCGAGCCAGGCGCAACGGUGCCAGCGACGAGGCUUCCACUUCGACAAGCGAUGCGAGGAAGAGGAAGGGCGACAAGUCGAUAUCCAAAGAUGAAGAGCCAGCAAAAGCAAAGAAGAAGGCAAAGAAGGGCGCUGUUUCGUUCGAAGAGUUCAUGUCGGUCAUGCAGCCAAAGGCCAAGCGCAAGGCGUGGCAAAAUGAGGAUGCGAUACCGGAACAGACGAUGGAAGACAUCUUUGCGCCGGUAGAGGCGAUCGAGAAGAAGGCCGCGAGGAGGGCGCAGAAGAAGGCCGACGCCGAAGCCUCCGCAGCUGCCGCGGCCGAGUCAGCAGCCCAAAGCAAGGAUGCGUCUGAGGAGUCGGACGCAGAACCAGACGCAGCAGCAAACGACGUAGGACUCACGGACGAAGAAUAUAUGCGUCUGCGCAUGAAACACAAGGUCGGCACCGACCUCGAUACCCUUCACGAUCCCGCGGACACUCCCCAGUUCGAGCAGUCGGACGACGAGAAGGACGCCGCCGCAGAAGAGUCCGAUCCCGAGUCCGAAGACGAGCAAGUAAACGAUGAGGAGCUCGAACGCAAGCAAGCGGCGUCACGGCGAAAAGCCGAGAUCGCAGCAGAAAAGGAUCAGAAGAUCGUCGACCAGAUCAUGGAGAGUGGCCGACUCUUCAUUCGCAACCUCCCCUUCUCCGCGAAUCAGGACGAGAUCCAGUCCUUCUUUGAAAGCUUCGGCACUGUUAAACAGGUCCACAUCCCGCUCGACAAGUCCACGAAAGCAUCCAAAGGUUUGGCGUUCGUCUCGUUCACCGACCCAUCCCACGCGCUUGCCGCGUACCGUGCAAAGGACGGCUCGACCUUUCAAGGCCGUCUCCUUCACCUCCUUCCCGCCGUCAACAAGGACGCCCCUGCCGAAGGCGACACCAAAAAGGCGGCGACCCUAAAACAGGCGCGGGCAGAACAGAAAAAGGACGACGCGGCCAAAGACUUCAACUGGUCGAUGCUGUACAUGUCUUCGGACGCCGUCGCCUCGUCCAUCGCGGACCGGCUGGGCGUGAGCAAGGCGGAGAUCCUCAACCCGGGCGCGGAGGGUGGGCCGGACAACGCGGCUGUUCGUCUCGCCCUGGCCGAAACACGAAUCAUCCAGGAGACGAAAGAGUUCUUCGCCCAGGAAGGCAUCAAUGUCGACGCCUUCGAUGGCAAGAAGAGUCAGCGGUCGGAGACGACCAUCUUGGUCAAAAACAUUCCCUACGGCACGUCUGGGGAGGAGGUGGAGAAGCUGUUUGCUUCUCACGGCGAGGUGGAUAAGGUGUUGAUCCCGCCGAGCGGGACGAUUGCGAUUGUCGAGAUGCCCGUGGUGAGCGAGGCGAGGGUGGCCUUCCGCGCGUUGGCGUACAAGAAAUUCAAGGGAGGGAUUUUGUACCUCGAAAAGGCGCCGGUGGGGUUGUUGGCGCCGCAGAAGGCGGGCGAUCAGGUCGUCAAGCAGGCACCCAUCGUCGGGAAGACCAUCGACACCACCAACCCCACCUCCAACAUCAAGUCCACCGGCGAAGAGGAGGCGGCGGACGGUGCGACGUUGUACAUCAAGAACCUGUCGUUCAGCACGACCGACGAGCGGCUCGCGUCGACCUUCCACGGGCUGUCCGACUACGCAUUCGCCCACGUGCAGACCAAGCCCGACCCACGUCGACCCGGCGCCCGCCUUUCGAUGGGGUACGGCUUUGUGGGGUUCAAAUCCGUCGACUCUGCGCGCACCGCGCAAAGGGCUAUGGACGGCAAAGUGCUCGACGGGCACACGCUCGUUGUCACUUUCGCGAGACGCAAUGCUGACACGCCCACUGCCACCUCUCUUUCGAGCGGGGGAAGCACCAAGAUCCUCAUCAAGAACCUGCCCUUUGAAGCGACGAAGAAGGACAUUCGCGAUCUCUUUUCUUCGCAAGGUCAGCUCAAGAGCGUGCGUCUGCCCAAGAAGUUCGACAACUCGACGCGCGGAUUUGGCUUUGUCGAGUAUACGACGGUGCGCGAGGCGCAGAGCGCCAUGGAGGCGCUGAAACAUACCCAUUUGCUCGGCCGACAUCUCGUGUUGCAGUGGAGCAAGGUUGGAAAGGAUGAAGGCGAGGAAGUUGAGAUGCAGCGGAACAAGACUAGGAAGGGCUUCGUUGGAGGUGAGGAGGAAGGUAGGGCGGAUAAGAGGCAGAAGAUCAAACUCAAUAGCGCCCAGAUCAGCGAAGCUGUCAGGAAAGCUAGGAGCAAGAGGGACGAUGUCGAGGAUGACGAGUGA